AUGAAAAAUAUAAUAUAUAAAUAUUCAUUUGUUGUUACAACAAUGUUAAAUACUUUAAAGAUUGCCAUUGAAGGAUGCUGUCAUGGAGAAUUGAAUACUAUAUACAAUUCAAUACCAGAUAUUAAAAGUUUAGACCUACUUUUAAUAUGUGGUGAUUUCCAGUCUCUACGCAAUAAAUGUGAUUUACAAAGUUUGAAUGUCCCUUUCAAAUAUCAACGAAUGGCAGAUUUCCAUGAAUAUUACAGUGGUAAACGUAAAGCCCCAGUAUUAACUAUUUUCAUUGGUGGUAACCAUGAAUGUUCAUCAUAUUUGCAAGAAUUGAAAUAUGGAGGAUGGGUAGCACCAAAUAUUUAUUAUUUAGGUGAAUUUGGAAGUAUAUGGUAUAAAGGUUUACAAAUAACUGGAUGGAGUGGAAUAUUUAAUUAUCACACUUUUAUUGCUAACCAUAUAGAUAUGGAAAAAUUGCCAUUUGAUUCUACAACAAUAAGAAGUGUUUAUCAUCAAAAAUUAUCGAAUUUCUUGAAAAUGUAUAUGAUGAACCAUGAUAUGGAUAUUGUUUUGAGUCAUGAUUGGCCUGUUGGGAUAGAAAAGUAUGGAAAUUUGAAAAGACUACUAAAAUUAAAACCAUUUUUCAAAGAUGAUAUUCAACGAGGACAAUUGGGUAGUCCACUAAAUAAAUUUUUGAUCCAUUAUUUAAGACCUAGGUAUUGGUUUUCAGGUCACUUGCAUGUUAAAUUCGAAGCAAGAAUUGUUGAUUCGGUAGGAGGUAAUGAUGAAAAGAUAUCAGACCCUACUGCAAAUUCAAUUACCGAGUCGAAUAAAGAAGAAAUAUCUCUAGAUAUGGAUGACGAGGAGGAGGAGGAAAAGGAUGACGAUAAUGGAGUUGGAUUUGAGGAGAAAUUCUAUUUUAAACAGCAUCUAAAUUCAACAAAAAGACCAAGAAACGAUUUGACUCCUCAAAGGGAUGUGUGUGAACAUGCAACUGAAUUUUUAGCUUUAGAUAAGUGUGGUAAGCGUCGACAGUUUCUAGAAAUCAAAACUGUUGAAGUCAAUAAUACCUCACAUCCAUCAUUUAUAAAUCCUGGGAAACUAUAUUAUAGUAAGCGAUCAAUUGCCAUAAAUAAAGUUGUUGAAAAGUAUUUGAAUGACAAUAGGCAAGAUUUUACCGACUUGAAUACUAAACAAAUAUUAAACAAUCCUCAACUAUUCCCAUUAGUCAAUGAAUUAAUGCCUAUUAUUGAAAAUGAAUUCAAAUCAAUGCAGAAGAAUAUAACAGAUGAAGAUUUUUUCAUGGUGCCAGAGAAUUUUCAAAUUGUUGCCCCCACAAACGACGAAUGCAUUGAAUCAAAGCUAAAGUAUUAUCCGAAUAAUCAAACACUCGAGUACUGUGAAAAGUUUGGUAUUCCGAAACCAGUUUUAUGUGAAAAGUCAGACCAGUAG